AUGUCCCAGGACCAGCGGCCCCCGCUCCCCUCCCAGCAAUCUAGUAACUCCGGCUCGCCCCACGGCCAUGGCGUUCAACUCACCGACACUUACGAACGGCACCCCGCAAUCACUUUCUCAGAACCCUCCUUCCCCACGCCCAGCCAGAGCGUCACUUCAUUCCCUACCGAGUUUGGAACCCUCGACCAGUACAACGAUGAGGAGGAGAACGAGAAGUUGCUGCAUCCCGGUACCCAGUACCCUCCCUUUGAUCCGAACGCAUAUGGCGAUCCCUACGGCCAGCGUCCAAUCUCCCUCGCGUCCACAUCCUCUACCGGCGUAGAGAGCCAGUGGAGGCGUCGCCAGACGAUCAAGCGUGGUGUCACCCGCAAGGUUAAGCUCACCAAGGGUAACUUCAUCACCGAAUACGCCGUGCCUUCGCCCGUCUUCAGUGCUAUCGAGCCUAAAUGGCAAAGCAGCAACACUACUGAGUUCUCGCAUAUGCGUUACACCGCUGCGACCUGCGAUCCCGAUGACUUCUCCGAGGCCUCCGGCUACAGUCUCCGGACGAAGCUCUACAACCGCCAGACGGAGCUCCUCAUCGCGGUCACGUCUUACAACGAAGAUAAGACCCUAUAUGCGCGUACCCUCCACGGUGUCAUGCUCAACAUUCGCGAUAUCUGCAAGACGAAGCAGUCCAAGUACUGGCGUCGGUCUGCAGAGGAGGGCGUCCCUGGGUGGCAAAAGAUCACCGUCGCGCUCAUUAUCGAUGGUCUCGAGCCUAUGGACAAGACUGUACUGGAUAUUCUCGCCACCGUCGGCGUUUACCAGGAUGGUGUCAUGAAGAAGCAGGUUGACGGGAAAGACACUGUUGCCCACAUCUUUGAGUACACGACGCAGCUGUCCGUGGAUGCUACACCCCAGCUCGUCGUUCCUCAGGGUGAGGACCCCAACAACCUCGUGCCCGUCCAGAUCAUCCUCGUCAUCAAGGCCAAAAACCAAAAGAAGAUCAACUCGCACCGUUGGCUUUUUAACGCCAUCGGGAAGAUGCUUGAGCCGGAGAUCUGCGUUCUCAUCGAUGCCGGUACCAAGCCCGGCCGCAAAUCCAUCUACUACUUGUGGGAGGCGUUUUACAACGACCCUCACCUCGGAGGAUGCUGUGGUGAAAUUCACGCAAUGAUUGAGGGCGGUCGCAAGCUCCUCAACCCCCUCGUGGCCGCGCAGAACUUCGAGUACAAGAUGUCGAACAUUCUGGACAAGCCUUUGGAGAGUAGCUUUGGCUACGUAUCCGUGCUUCCCGGCGCCUUCUCGGCGUACCGUUUCCGUGCUAUUCUCGGACGACCGCUGGAGCAGUACUUCCAUGGAGACCAUUCUCUCGCGGACCGCCUCGGCCCCAAGGGUAUCUACGGCAUGAACAUCUUCACGAAGAACAUGUUUUUGGCUGAGGAUCGUAUCCUCUGUUUCGAACUUGUGGCGAAGAAGAACGACCAGUGGACACUAACAUACGUCAAGCCCAGCAAGGCCGAGACGGACGUGCCGGAGUCUGCUGCGGAGCUUAUCGGUCAGCGUCGUCGGUGGCUGAACGGUUCGUUCGCAGCAUCAGUGUACGCGAUCAUCAACUUCUUCAACCUGUACCGCUCCGGUCACGGCGUUAUUCGCAUGUUCUUCUUCCACAUUCAGGCUUUGUACAACAUCUUCUCCCUCGUGUUCUCAUGGUUCUCGCUAGCAAACAUCUGGCUCACGUUCUCUAUCAUCAUCGACCUCCUCCCCGGCCAAAACAUCGUCAUCUUCGGCACCGUCACGGUUACUGAAUGGGUGAACCAAGCUUUCAAGUGGAUAUACCUGGCAUUCCUCGCUCUUCAGUUCGUCCUUGCACUGGGCAAUCGACCAAAGGGUGAACGCGCCACGUACAACAUCACGCUAUGGGUAUACGGCUUCUUGGCGCUAUACCUCUUGGUCUGCUCUUUCUGGUUGACGGUCGCGAUCCCUGCAACUCUGAAGGACAAGACGACGUCUGAGGUUAUCAAGGCGUUCUUCGAGCCUCCCAUCGGUGCUUUGAUUGCUGCCAUCCUGUCGACAUUCGGCAUUUGGCUUAUCGCCUGUCUCCUAUACCGUGACCCAUGGCACUUGGUUUCCAGUAUGCCUCAGUACCUGCUCCUGGCGCCUAGCUUCACGAACGUUCUUAACGUCUACGCGUUCUGCAACUUGCACGACGUUUCGUGGGGUACCAAGGGUUCCGACAAGGCCGAGGCGCUGCCCUCCGUCUCUUCCAAGAAGAAUAAAGACGCCGAGGUCGUCGUUGAGGAUACUACCCGCAACAAGGAGGAUCUCGACGCGACAUUCAAGGAGACCGUCACCCGUGCGCUCACGAAGCUCGACACCAAGGAAGUUAUCGAGAAACCGACGAUGGAUGACGAGAACAAGACGUUCCGGACUCGUCUUGUCUCGUUCUGGAUGCUGUCGAACGCCGCCCUUGCUGUCGCCAUCCAGAGCUUGAACGGCUUGAACGACACGAACACAGCAGCCCUGCAGAAGAAGCAGAACAUUUACUUCGCCAUCAUCCUCUACUCGACGUUCGGUCUUUCGCUCGUCAAGUUCGUUGGGUGCCUCUACUACUGGUUUAAGAGGAACCUCUUCCGUUGCUGCCGCCGCAACUAA